AUGGAAAGAAUUCCAUAUGCAUCAGUGGUUGGGAGUUUGAACUAUGUUCAAACAUGUACGCGACCAGAUAUCACCUUUGCGGUUGGUAUGUUGGAUCGAUAUCAAAGUAAUCUCGGAAUGGAUCACUGGAAGGCUGCAAAGAAAGUCCUCAAGUACUUGCAAGGCACCAAAGAGCACAUGCUUACGUAUAGAAGAUCCGAUAAUCUAGAGGUCAUUGGAUAUUCAGAUUCAGACUAUGCCGGAUGCGUUGAUAGUAGAAAAUCUACGUUUAGCUAUUUGUUCCUUUUAGCCGAGGGAGCAGUAUCAUGGAAAAGUGGAAAGCAGUCUGUCAUUGCUACUUCCACUAUGGAAGCCGAAUUUGUGGCAUGCUUUGAGGCCACUGUUCACGGAUUGUGGUUGCGCAACUUUAUUUCAGGGCUUAGAAUUGUCGGCUCUAUAGCUAGGCCGCUGAAAAUUUAUUGUGAUAAUUCCGCAACUGUCUUCUUUUCAAAGAAUGAUAAGUACUAG